UGUUUGAAUGAAUCGAAAUCAUAGCAGUUCUUGAAAUCAAGUCAUUUUUCCCUUAGAUUUUAUAUGCAUCAGCCAUUAUUUUUGUAAUUUUGGUAUGUAAUUCUUUUGCUAAACGCAUUUAAGACGAUUACAAUUUCAAAGGGCUACUAAAACACUCUAAUACCCUCGUUUUCUUCGCUUAAGCCAUCCACUGCUCGGCGGGAAAUUCAGCUUGGAGUGGGUCGGUUAAUUAGCCAACCACUGGGGUCGAGAUGAGUUCAUUGAAGUGUAUAUUUCAGGCCCAGCUGAGGCCACUCGAUUCAAUUAAUUUCAACUGGCGAACAAUGGAGGUCGCUUGCUAAUUGGCCAGCCAGCCGGAGGAAAGGUAAUCAAAACAGCACACCAGCUAGAAUCGCAUUUACUUGGCUCGCUGCUGGGUGACCCCAAAAGCAGACCAAAGAUAUGUGAUUGAGUACACAGCUGCAUCAAUUAGGUGGCCCACAAAUUUGUGGAUUCGAAUGGAUUUGGCUUGGGUCGCACCGACUGUUGGCCCAGCAACAAUCACAAUUUACGAAAGACAAAGGACAGACGGGCCAAUAAACCAACAUUUACAUUCUCCCGUAGAAGGGCAGAAGGGUCGAAGGGCAGAGGACUUGAUACUCUGGAGACAGCGUCAGUUAAUCGAAUUAUGCAACUACAUCAACAGAUGACACACAAGGCGAAUGCAGCGGCAAAUAAGUGCAUUAACAUAUUCGAUAACUUCAUCAGCAUAUCCCCAGCAUAUCCUCGCCGCCUGUCUGUCUGUCUGGCUGCAUUUUAAUUAAAAUGCGCAUAUGGAAUCGACAGCGAGGCUGGGCAGGAAUGGCACUUUAUGGCCAGACAGCUGGGAAAAUCGAAUCUUUCAGUCAAAUUUCCUGCAAAAGCCAACAGCGACAAACACACACAAACAGGAUCAGGAUGAGGAUGCCGCAGUGCAGAAUUUCCACUAUCCUGGCAGUAAUUAUAAUGAUUCAUGGCGUUUUGGCUGCCAACAUCAAUUACGAAAUCUUUGCCGAUUACGGUGAGGCAUAUGAGUCGUAUCCAUACCAUUGAAAAGUAUUUAAUAACCGACUUUACACUAUGCUUAAAAUUUUGGGCUUACGUUUUGCAAACUUUAUGGCCGCGAGCACUUGUGUCCUUUUGGCUAUGCUCCUGUGGAUCCUUUUUGCCGCGGUCCAGUCGGCGGAAUGGGCGGACAUCCACUACGAUCCGAACCAUCCUGGUAAGUGCACCAUCAACCCGGGUCUCGUCCUCAAUCCGGGGGUUAGCAUCAAGGAUCCCACGCACGAGUGCCGCAAAAUCUUGUGCGGCCUCAACGGACGUGUCGUUUACCACAGCUGCGGAGUGAGCAUCCUGUCGCCUCCUUGCCGCUACGGUGACUACAUCAAUCCGGAUCUUCCCUAUCCUGACUGCUGCAGCAGAACCCUACUUUGCAACUAGGCAGGCCGAUCGUUCGUUUUC